AUGGAGGGCAUUCAAACCCAACUUCUGCAGAACAUUCAUCAAGAGAUGAUCAACGGUUCGUUCAGUGAUAUACAGGUGAUUUGUAAUGACGAGACAACGACUGGAAGUCGACUCGUUCUAGCAGCGUUGUCACCUUACUUCCGGGCGAUGCUUACAUCAGGCAUGACGGAGAGUCUGACGGGCGUCCUGAAACUUCCCUCUGUGUCUCUGUCAGUAUAUCAGGACAUUCUCAAGAUGUAUUUCUGCAACAUUAAUCUUAUAAACGAGGACAACUGUAUGCAUAUUUUAGACGCUGCCGAGAUGAUGCAGCUUGAUCAUAUCAAACAUCUUUGUAAGAUCUACUUGAACCAAAAUAUGGAAAUAACUCUUCAAAAUUGUCUAAAUUUGUGGAGAACCCUGAAACUCUACAAUUUCCUUGAUUUGUCCAAACGGGCACUUUCCUGUUUUACUGAUAACUUGGCUGAUUUUGUUAAAACGGAAAAUGUUAUUCAUCUGGCAAAGGCAGAACUUUUGGAAAUAAUUUCCGAAAAUGACUUAACCUGUAAAGAAGAUGACAUUCUGAAAGUUGCCAUGAACUGGAUUGAACAUAAUAAUCCAGAACAAGAGGACGUCCAGAGUAUUUUUGAAAAUGUGCGACUGGAUAUUGUUGACCGACAAUUUCUUGUUAAUGAGAUAGCGUUUUCAAAGAUCGUUUUUGAGAAUAGCGCUGUGAGGGAAAUGAUAAAACACGUUUCAUGUUCAGCCCGGCCACAACGUACACGCACAACGAGGUUUGCUGCCAACCGACCUGAUGUCUUCGUACUACAACACACCGACCUGUUACUGCUAUCUUGUUUCACGUCGGAAGAGAAGUGGGAAGACGUCCCGCCAGCCCCAGUAGAUCCUGGACAGUAUUAUCCAGCAGCGAGUUUGGAUAACACGAUCUACAUCACUGGUGGUGAUAAACAACCGAAAUGUACACUGUUGUAUGACACCAUUAGACACGUGUGGAACGUAGGUCCAGAUCUCAACCACGAACACUGGUGUCACUGUACAGCCACAGCUAGUUCUAAAGUGUAUGUAAUAAGCGGUUUGGAUACCAGCACAAUAGAAGAGAAGAGCGAGAGUGAGGCGCAAUGGCAGGUGGUUGGUGAUUUGGGAUUGAACAGAUUGCUUGCCUUUCCUGUUGCAGUUGGUGAGAACAUCCUCGUUAUGGGAGGACGAAUAAAUUACAUCCCAUCAGCUCUCAUCCAGUGUUUUAACACUGCAACCCGCGCUGUCACAAAGCUGGAGACAAAGUUAUCUUGUACCUCCUGUACAAUAAGAGGAUCUGUUCACCUCCCAGAUGUAUAUCUGAUGGACAGCGAUGGCAACGUGAUGCAUAUUCACGUCACUGACAGAAAUGGUGAAAUCCAGGUUGAGAAUAAACUAACAGCUGAGUGGAAAUCCUUUGGUCAUAGAUUUGGCAUCGUUUACCGACAUGGAAAACUAUUGUGUUUUAGUAAAGAUGAAAUCAUAAAAUUCAACCUGGCUGAAGGUAAAGAAGAAAAUAAUACAUUCCCAAACCCAUCUAGAAGAGGCGACGUGUACGACGUCCUGACCAUUUGA